AUGAAUCGUCCGUUGAUCGCACUCUGCGCGCUCGCCGCCCUCUUUACCAUCGCCGCUGCCGAUGACCCGCCGCGACCCCGACUUAUCGACUUUAACCCUUGGGCAUGGCUACCUUCUAACCGUAACCGAUCUCCAUCAAUCAUGGAUUACUUUUUCCCACCAUCCCGAACUCCCAAACAAUCCAAUCUAGAGCCUCCCGCUGACAGAAAACCUCCCCCAACUACCACCAUAGAAAAUACCCCAGCACCAACUACUGUAGAGGAACGUUCGACGACGUAUGCGAAAAAAAUAUCUACCAAAACAAAGUCAACCGCGCCCGCGACUAACCCAACCGCUACGAGUCCACCUAAAACGAAAAAGUCAACUCGCAAACCAACUACGACAAUUGAGGUAAAAACGACUCAAACGAAAGCCGAUUUCCCUACGCAGACUAUGAAAGAUUCGUCCGCGACUACAAACCGAGGUCCGACAAAGCAUUAUACGAUCCGUCCUAUAGUGCGCACUACGGAGACGCCUACGGUUCAAGAUACGGAAACUACUCUAAAUAGCGACAGUACUGAGACAGUUUCUGAUAUCGAUACUUUGGGAACAACUGCCGAUGGGCCUAAGGAGACAGCUCCUACGUUGAGUACAGCUGAUGAUGUACGUUUUACGGACCCAGGUACAGCAAGUACCGCUGCUGUGGAGUCUACGACUCAGACGGAUAUCACUGUGGAGCCAGCCGAUAGUCGUGAAGGAUACUUGCCGCUCCGCGAUAAGCCCCAACAAACCCACGUCAAGAUCAAUGAUCAGACCAAGAAAGAGGCAAAAACAAAUUUGGCGAAAACAGUGACACUGUAUUCUGAACUUUCACUGCUGCACGGUUAA